AUGACCGCCUCCCGGCCAAUCAGCAGUGCAUCGAGCCGAUUUAAUACGCUGGUGGACAAGCUGGAGUCCUCGUUCGAGGCGUGCUUUGCUUCUCUUGUGAGCCAGGACAAUGCGAAUGAGACAGAUCAGGAGGAAAUUUGUACUGGUAUUGAACAAUGCACUCAGAAGUUCCUUGAUGUUGCCAGACAAACAGAAUUUUUUUUCCUGCAGAAAAGAUUACAACUUUCUGUACAGCCAGAGCAAGUUAUUAAAGAGGAUGUGACAGAGCUGAUAAGUGAGCUACAGAGAAAGGAAGCACUCACCCAAAAACACCUAACUAAACUUCGAAGCUGGCAGCAGGUUCUGGAAGACAUUAAAGGAGAA